AUAAUAAAUAAAUAAAGUUUAUUAAUUGUGUGAAAAAAUGAGUGAAACGAGUGAUGAAUAUGCAGUUGUGGUGCGAAAUGUUUGCUUCAGUUAUGGGUCAACACAUCCGGUGUUAACACAACUCAAGACUCGAAUACCAAAAGGACAAAUCUAUGCGUUGUUGGGCUCUAACGGCUCGGGAAAGACCACUCUAUUGAAGAUAAUAUGCGGUCGACUCACACCCCGUUCCGGUCGGGUAGAGGUGUUUGGAUGUAAACCGGGACCCAAUCACCCGGAUAUUCCCGGACCGGGUGUCGGAUAUAUGCCUCAAGAAAUAGCUUUGUUUGAAAACUUUUCAAUCAAACAAAUCCUC